AGCUAUAUAACUUCUCGUACUCUCAUCCCCCAAAAAAUAUCACCAAAACAUCGUAUACACCAAAACCCUUGUCUCUCUCUCUCUCUCUUCUCGGUCCUGCAAAAACUCCUCAAGAAAAAAGAACUAUUUCCCAUUUUUUAUUUCAAUUUUUAAGGAGAGAAAUUGCAGUGAGAAGAAGCUGAAAAAUAAAUACUAAAAAAAGAGAAGAUGUGUUUGUUCUCAUGUGUAUGUGAAGAAGAUGAGAAAGAGAUUGGAAGAAAAGUAGCACCAGGAGCAUGUCCUUGUUGUGGAGGAAAAGUACAAGCUGUAGAUGUAGAAGGACGCUUCAGAUUUUGCUUUCUCCCUAUUUGCUUUAGGUUCAAGAGGAAGUAUCUUUGUACUCUCUGUUCUAAGCGUUUGGUUUUGUAUUCUUGAUUAAUUUCAUCUCCUAUUUUCCUCUUGUAAUUUGUGCUCUCAAUUUUUUGAAAAUGAUCAUAUAAGUGUAAUUUUUUAAUUUAUCUGAAAGAGGGUUUGAGACUUUCUCAUUUGUUAAAGAAUAUAUGAAACUUGUUCAGUUGUGCCCAGUUAUGAGAAUUUAUAAAAAUGGGCUGAAAACACUUCGAGGUUUGCAAAUUCUGUUUAUAUAUUAAAAAAAUGCAUUUUAAGUUAUAUGUAUCGUCAGGAAUGUUUACACUAUCAAAUAAUUUUUAUUUGUUGUAACUUAGUUUUAUUUUUAGGUUAUAAAUUUUGCAUUUUAAAAAAGCUUAACUAUAUGUAUUAUAUGUAUUUGAGACUGUAACAGUGUAAAAAAUUAUUUACAUUGACUGCUUAUAACUCUAUUUCACCUCAGCUUAUUGAAUUUUGUAUAUACGAAAUACCUGUAAUUGGAGAAACAAUAUAUGUGGCAGAUUUGAGUAGCCACGUACUUGUCCAUUUCAUUGCCCAAAUCUUGGCCAGACUAGUUGGCCUAAUUAACCCCUCCACAUAAAUGUGUGAAUGUCACGUGUCCUGCUUGUGGACCAAAACAUACUACAAAUACCUUUAGGCCUUUGGCCAAAUUAAGGAAGCUUCCUAACAACGUGGUCUGUUUCCCUUGUGUUGUCUAUAUUGAACUCUGUAAUUCGAUAAAGCUCCUGGCUUUGCAGGAUUUGGUACUUUAGAGAUCGUCUGAUGCAGAUUCAGGACUUAAAACUAUGGUUUAAUCUUAAAUCUUUUGCAUUAAAGUUAUUUUAUGGUAAAAAUUAUGGGUCACAUUUAUUGUUUAUUGUAACUUUAGUGAAUUUUUAUACAUAUUUAUAUACUUCACGUCAAAAGUAUUGUAUUCAGAUGAAUCUAGUAUUGUAUUCAGAUGAAUCUAGCAUCACAAGGCUGGGUCUUAGUUGGAGUACUUCACCGUGGUGGAGGACGACUUGUUCUUAAUUUUCUAGUUGAAUUGUGCAGCUCCAUCCUUUGAAUUUUUAAGUUAUAUAAACUGACAAUUUAUACAACUAUUAGUAUACUUUAACUGCUUAUAACAAUAUCAUAUUAGGAUUGAUUGGUUCAGGCACUUACUUGUUAUCGCAAGUCAAUGACACUGUUGAGUCCAUAAGGUUCAAUUUCUUGAUCUCUCUUUUGGCACUUUUCUUGGAACAAAAUUGAAUGAACUGAAACGAGAUGACAGAGACUCGAACAUCUAAAGUCAUGGUUCCAAGCCAUGGAAGCAAUUAUUAAUACUUGCAUUAAGAUAGACUAUAUACAUCAUACCCUUUAGGCUGCGGUCCUUCCUGAAGGACGUGGAUGCCUUGUGUACUAUAAGAUCUAACCAGAAAGUUAUGGCACCACCUACAUACUAUACACAUGAUGGAUGCGAUAGAGUCAUUUGUAACUUUCUAAUGCUUUUGGACAAGAUAAAAUUGUUGAGA